CAGGACUUUAAUAUGGAUAGAGAUCUCAAAGACUAUAGUAACAGGACACUUCUCACAGAGAACAGUUCAGUUCCUCCAAAGAGCUCCAAUUUUCCUACCUGGGAAGACUAUAACAACAGUGUAGAUGACAUACAGUACUUUCUGAUUGGGCUUUACACUUUCAUCAGUCUUGCUGGCUUCAUGGGAAACCUGCUUAUCCUCAUGGCUUUAAUGAAGUGCAAGCAAAAAACAGUAAUAAAUUUCCUCAUUGGUAACUUAGCCUUUUCAGACACCUUGGUGGUUGUCUUUUGCUCUCCCUUCACCUUGACGUCGGUUCUACUUGAUCAGUGGAUGUUUGGCAAAGUUAUGUGCCACGUGAUGCCAUUCCUCCAGUGUGUGUCUGUGCUGGUUUCCACUUGGAUGUUAAUUUCUAUUGCUGUAGUGAGAUACCGUUUGAUUCGUCACCCUCUUUCUAGCAACCUGACGCUGAAACAUGGCUGCUACCUCAUUUUUGCUAUCUGGACCCUUGGCUUAGCCAUUUGCUCCCCUCUGCUUGUUUUCCACAAGAUUGUAGAUCUUCAUGAUGCCCUUCAUCUAGAAGCGCUGAAAAGCAAGUGCUUGUGUGUCGAGUCAUGGCCAUCUGCUGGGUACAGGAUUGCUUUCACUAUUUCCUUAUUACUCAUGCAGUACAUUUUGCCUUUGGUUUGUUUAACUGUAAGUCACACCAGAGUCUGCAAGUUGAUAAGUUCCAGAUUAUCAGGCAAAGAAAACAAACUGGAAGGGAAUGAGAUGAUCAACUUAACUCUUCAUGCACCCAAGAGCUGUGGGCCUCAAGCACAGCUCUCUGGCUCUGAGAGGUGGAGUUAUACUUUGGUCAAGAAACAUCGGAGGAGGUACAGUAAAAAGACUGCUAGUGUGAUGCCAGCAGUCUUAAGGCACCAUCAGGAUAAUCAUUCUGGAGAUCUCUCUGAAACAUCUGGUACACAAAAAAGUCCGCUUUCUUCUUCCAGCAAACUCAUACCAGGAAUACCCAUUUGUUUUGAUGUGAAACCAGAGAGUUCAGAUGUGCAGGAUGGGAUUACAAUAGCCCGAUCCACCAUUAGGAUUAAGAAAAGGUCCCGGAAGGUUUUCUGCCGACUGACAGUGCUGAUCUUAGUUUUCGCAAUCAGUUGGAUGCCCCUUCAUGUUUUCCAUGUUGUAACUGAUUUUAAUGGCAACCUCAUCUCAAACAAGCAUUUUAAAUUGGUAUACUGUAUUUGUCAUUUGCUGGGUAUGAUGUCCUGCUGUUUAAACCCCAUUUUAUAUGGAUUUCUUAACAAUGGCAUAAAAGCUGAUUUGAUGGCCCUUAUUCCAUGCUUACAAUUCUCAUGA